UAGAAGAAAUAAAAAUAGCAGUAUGCAGGUUGUGAAACUUGUCUCCCAUAUUUCUUUCUUGCUAUUAAUGCUGAGGUUUCAGCCAGCACUGGCGCAAGCACCGGCUGGUCUGGCAAAACCUAAUUGUUCGGAUCACUGUGGAAAUAUUAGCAUUCCAUACCCGUUCGGGAUUGGAAAGUAUUGCUACAUGGCGGAAUCAUAUGACGUGGAAUGCGAUGAAACUUCCAAACCUCCUAGAGCUCUUUUACGCAGCAUCAAAAUGGAGUUGGUGAAUAUUACAUUAGAAAGAGGUGCUGUUGUCAAGGGUCCAGUGAUAUCCGUUGAUUCUUCGGGCCGGCAAGAAGGUGUACCUGUGAGUUUGGAAGGAACUCCUUUCACCCUAUUUUACAAUUAUUUCAUUGCAGUGGGCUGCAAUACUCGUGCCAGUUUGUGGACAAAAAAUGGCUCGACCGAACAUACUGGAUGCGACUCAAUUUGCUCCAACGGUAGUUCCAUUAGUAAUAUUCGGCUUGAAAAUGGUGCAUGCUCUGGUAAGGACUGUUGUCAAGAUAUGUACUGGCCUCCCUCACUUCAGGUUUUCAAUUCAACUUUCGAGUUAAUAGAGGGUAAACAAGGAAGUGACGGGCGUAAACUGGCCUUCCUAGCAGACAUGAAUUGGUUUGAUUCCAAAAUGAAAAGUCCCCAAGAAAUCAACAAAUUGCCAAGUACUGUUCCUAUGUUGCUGACUUGGAUACUAAAUAACAAUAGUUUGACAUACAACGAGGAUACCAUGGAUUGCAAUUUUUGGCAAAUAAAUAGUACGUUUGAUGUUAUGACACCCGGUUGUUCUUGCUCAAAAGGUUAUGAGGGCAACCCUUACCUUCAAUGCAGAGGUUAAGGGGGAUUGCACUGAAGAGGAAGCCAUAGUUAUAGCGAAUCUUGCAAAGAGAUGUCUGGAUUUGAAUGGAAGAAACCGGCCAACAAUGAGAGAAGUUGCAAUGGAAUUGGAGGGGAUUCUAUUAUCACGCAACGGUAUCAAUGUUCAACAAAUUGCUGAAAUGGAUAAUUUAUCGAGGUCGAUUUCCUGCAGCAGUUUCGAGAUUGGUAUAGAUCUACCAUUAGAUUGCAAACCGUCGAUUUCUUCUGAAACAUGGUGAGCGAUUACGAAAAUAGAUCACAAAUCAUAUGUUUCUUUUUUGUUUUAAGACUUUUCUGAUUGAAUAAAAACUUAUAUUUGUAUUGCGGUCCUUGUGUUUUGGCACAUGUUCUUAGUCUUUCAUGUUAAGA